AUGCGGCUCCUGGAGCUGUUACGCGCUGGCUGUUUAUGGGACCUGUUGCUUCGUGAGAUUACGUGCAAAGGGCCCACCGUCUCGCAUUCACCGCAAUUUGCCAAGGCGCUGGGCCGCUACAUCCGCGAGCAGGGCCUGGAGGACCUCAAGGUGUGGACGAGCCAGCUGCGGCGCUCCAUCCAGACGGCCGAGGCCCUGGGCCUCCCCUACGAGCAGUGGAAGCCGCUCAACGAGCUCGACGCCGGCGUGUGCGAGGACAUGACGUACGACGAGGUGAGGGACACGUUUCCUGACGAGUACGCGCUGAGAGACGUUGACAAGUACCUCUACCGCUACCCUAACGGCGAGUCGUACCAGGACCUGGUGCAGCGGCUGGAGCCGGUGAUCAUGGAGCUGGAGCGGCAGGAGAACGUGCUGGUCGUGUCGCACCAGGCCGCCAUGCGCUGCCUGCUCGCGUACUUCCUCGACAAGGGCGCAGAGGAGCUGCCGUACCUCAAGUGCCCCCUGCACACGGUUCUGAAGCUCACGCCCAUCGCGUACGGCUGCAAAGUGGAGAACAUCUCCCUGAACGUGGAGGCCGCCAACACAUACCGCGAGAGGGCAAACACGGGGCCCAAGAAGGGUCCGAGCCCCCUGCAGCGCCGCAACAGCUACACGCCCAUGGCGAGCCCCAUGCACAAGGUGCCUCGCAUGGACAGCCUGGAGGUGCUGGACGGCCUCGAGGCGUUGGGGGGACUCGACCCCUCGCAGGGAUUCUUCGCCGUCCGCAGCCCCACGGAGAGGCACGCUCCUGCCAACCCCCUCUCCUCGAACCCGGACGGCGUGUCCAGACCGAGCACCGUGCUGGAGGUGACGGAGGGCGAAUAGACGCCGGGGUGAGCUCGGAGUCUCGGUCACCAGGGAUUCCGCCCGCCGCGUGGAACGGAGGUCCGCUCCAGAGACGGGCCGCUCCGCUUGGAUUCGCGUCUUCGUAAAAUAAAAAUAAAAAUCGCCCCCAGCACUGGGGGGAGAGGCCCUCCGAGAUUAUCCCGGGAAAGCGGUCGCCAUGUCCGCAGCUCGGGAGCCUGGCAUUCUGGGAGCGACGUUUCGCGACACCGAGGGCCCCCCCCCCCCCCUCCCCGCCCCCCACCGCGGUCGCCGUGAAGCCGUGUGACAGCGGACGGACGGUCGGACAGACGCUCUCUCGUCACGGACGCGCGCGAGAGAGAGAGGAUCGUCCGACUAGUGUGUUGGGGAAGAGCUCUCCCCUCCCCCCCCGCUCACAUCGUGCUGGGGACAUUCGCCGAAAUUUUUGAGUCGGUGAAUGUUGGAUCUGAUUUCACAGGGCAUUGGUUGGUUCUGAGAAUGUUUUAACGUCGUCGUCGUCGUCGUCGUUUUUAGAGAAAAAUUUCCGCGCGCUGCACGCGGAUGCAAGGGGUAGCGCGAGCUCGCGCGACGCGUCCACCAAUCGGUGGACGCGUCCGGUCGGGGCUCGUGCGACGCUCUUACAAUCCUGCAAAAUAUCUGGAGGGAUUUUUUGUUUGAUUGUUUUGGGUCCCUUAAAAGCAAAAACAAAAGUCUGUACGGUUUACCCCUCCGGGUGGGGGCAGGGAGGGGUCGUCGGCAAUUCGCCUCCCCCCCCCCUCCUUGUGAGCGGGGGGUGGGGGGGGAGUGUUGUGCUGACGUGACGGAGUCACGUGCCCCACGACGCCCGCUGCGUGUAACACCCUCGUGAUUUGGUGCUUUCGCGACUGCAGGAAUUCCUCUUUGGUUUUUUCGGUAAAGUCACGUAGAAAUAAGAAAUAAUAAUGAAAUAAAAUUACAUAAUAGCAUACGACGUUUCGAUUGCAACGCAAGC